AUGAGUUCAGAUUUCAAUGUUAAAAGGCCAGGCUUAGAACUGUUAUCAAGUCAAGGACUACGUCUCGACGGCCGUAGACCUAAUGAACUUCGUCGUAUUCAAUGCAAACUUGGUGUUUUUACACAGCCUGAUGGUAGUGCGUAUAUUGAGCAAGGAAAUACAAAAGUUUUAGCUGCAGUUUAUGGACCUCAUCAGGCCGCAAAAUCAAAAUCUUUACAAGACUCUGUCGUCAUAAACUGUCAUUACAGCAUGGCAACAUUCUCCACAGGCGAAAGAAAGAAGCGACCGCGCGGAGGUCGCAAGUCGGAGGCGAUAUCUAUGCAGCUAACUCAGGCGAUCACAACUGCUAUCAAGAAAGAGCUGUACCCUCGCUCGCAGAUCGACGUAUACCUUGAAGUAUUGCAGGCAGAUGGAGGUGUAUACUCAGCGAGUGUGAACGCAGCGACGCUCGCGUUGAUCGACGCUGGUAUACCAAUGAAGGCUUACCUCUGUAGUUGCACAGCUUCCAUAGCGUGGAAGGACGGCAAGCCAGAGCCUUUGGUUGAUGUCAGUCAUGUUGAGGAGUCCGCCGGAGGUUCUGUACUGACAGUGUCCAGUUUGCCCAGUAUAAAUAGUGUAGCAUGGGUAGACAUGUCUCAGAGACUCCACGCGGAUUAUUUGAGUGUCGUCAUGAAGCGGGCCAUGCAGGGAUGUAGAGAUAUUGAGGUAAUUUUGGACAAGGCAGUGAGAGAGCAUUUAGGCGAAAGUUGGACCAUGUCAGACGAUGCAGUUGCGAUAUAA